GGCCAGGAAAACUCUCCGAAGAUGACUUCGUCCCCUUUCACCACAAUCUCCUUCUUCUGGAUGUUGUAUUGACGCAGUACGCUCAGCACAUCCGCCAUCUUGCCUCGGCCCCUAACAACCGGGUCCUGAGAGCCGGGGCUGCCCCGCUGCACUGCCUGUCGAGAAGGAAGCGGAACAGGACCCUCCCUCCCGGUGCCGCCCGCGCGGAUUGCCUGAACGGGCGGAAACGAAGACGCCGAUGUUCGCGCUGUGGUCGAGUGGUGCUGCCGGCUGAGGAUCAAAAUCAGGAGAACUACAAGCUUUUUAGCAAGCACAACAGUGCACGUCUGCUUCCUUUUGUGAAGAUGGGACAGCUUUUUACCAAAUUACCAGAAGAAAAACGCCAGGCUGCUUUGCAUUUUAUUCGCAACCAAGUUGUACAGAAUUGUGUGGUUAUAUUUUCCAAGACCUAUUGCCCUUACUGUAUGAAGGCGAAGAGCAUCUUUGAAGAAAUAGGAGCCAACUUCAAGGCAAUCGAACUGGAUCAGCGCAAGGAUGGUGACUAUAUUCAAAAUAUUCUUGAGGAAUUGACUGGUGUCAGGACAGUGCCAAGAGUAUUUGUGAAUGGAAAGUGCAUUGGAGGUGCUACAGACACACACAAGCUCCAUUCAAGUGGUAAACUACUGCCUUUAGUGUUACGGUGUACACCACCUUGCCAAUGGGAUGAAAGUUUUUAUCCUAAUCAUUCGCAUUAAUAUUGAAUUCUUGCAAUUUUCUAACUGCUUGUUACUUUUGAAAUAAAUCAUAAAGUUUCAAUAUUGUGCUAGACUAUUUGUAUCUACAUAAUAUAUUUCAUUUAUUUCCCUGGUCCCCAAACCUUUUUAGUGUUUAUAGUCUCCGAGUGCUAUUCAUUAACUAAUCUCUGCCUAUGAUGCUUUUGUUUAAAAUCCAGGCAAUGUAUUAAAAAUAC